GCUGCGAGAAUGUAUGCGGUGCGGACCAUCGAAUUUUCCCCAGACGGCACUAAGCUGGCCGUGGCGCAGAGUGACAACAUCGUGUUCGUGUACAAGCUUGGAAGCGACUGGAAGGACAAGAAGUCCAUCUGCAACAAAUUCCAGCAGUCCUCGAGUGUCACGUGCCUCACCUGGCCUGCUGGACAUCCAAACGAGGUGGUGUUCGGUCUUGCCGAAGGCAAGGUGAAAGUCGGCCAGCUGAAGUCCAAUAAGGCUGCAACUCUCUACUCGACCGAUUCUUUCGUAGUCUCGAUGUGUGCCGGUCCGGAUGGAAACUCCAUUCUCAGCGGUCACCUGGAUGGUUCCAUCUACCGUUUCCACUUCGAGACGGAGACGGUUCCUCGGCCUACCACCACGAAGUUUGCCAUGGUGCCUCAGUGCGUGCCCUACGCCCUCUCCUGGGGCUACGCCGGCAUCUGCGCCGCGGGGAACGACCGCAUGGUGCGCUUCUGGGACUCGGAGGGACGAGAAGGGCAGACCUUCGACUACAGCGGCGAUCCGAAGAUCAAGGAGUUUACAGUCGCAGCCUUCAAUCCAUCCGGAGAGUCCGUGGUGCUGGGAAACUACAAUCGCUUUCUAGUCUUUGCCUGGCACCCGAAGAGGAGCGAAUGGGCGGAAGUUGUACAGCGAGAGGUGCCGAACCUCUACUCAGUCACUGCUCUUUCUUGGCGGGCAGACGGGUCUAGGCUCAUCGUUGGCUCUCUUUGUGGCGGCGUGGACAUGUUCGACGUGUGUAUUCGGCGAUCUCGUUAUCGCGACUCGCACGAGUUCACGUACGUCUCCCUGAGUCAGGUCAUCGUCAAGAGCCUGCGCUCCGGGGCUCGCAUUGUGCUCAAGAGCAACGUCGGAUUCGAGAUCAAGAAGAUCAACAUUUUCCAGGAGCGCUUCCUGGUGGCACACACGCCGGAGAGCAUCUUGCUCGGGGACCUGCAGACCUGCCGGCUGUCCGAGAUUCCCUGGCACUCUAGCGGCAAUGAGAAAUUCGUUUUUGAUAACCCGACCGUCUGUAUGAUUUUCAAGGCCGGCGAGCUAUCUGUCGUUGAGUACGGCUGCAACGAGCUGCUGGCCUGUGUCGGGACCCUUUGCGAGGAAAUUGAAUGGCAACGUUUGAGGAGUGCGCUGUCUCGCAUCAAGGCCCGGACAGAGUUCAUGUCUCCGCACCUCAUCAGCGUUCGGAUCAACGCCCCGGAAGAGGGUGAUGCAUACGCCCCUGCUAUGGGUGAGCUGAAGGUCAUUGCAUACUUGCUGGACCUGAUGACAAUCCGUGUUUGUGACCUGGCCGUUUCGAACGCAACGUUGGCGAACAUCCAUCACGACACGAGGAUUGACUGGCUAGAGCUGAACCCCAAUGGGGCAAAUCGCCUCAUCUUCCGGGACAAGCGGAGGCAGCUCUACCUCUUUGACAUUGAGCAGCAGAGCCGGGUGACUCUCCUGAACUACUGCAACUACGUGCAGUGGGUUCCCGACAGCGACGUCGUCGUGGCUCAAAACAGAGGACAGCUCUGUGUCUGGUACUCCAUCAAUGCGCCCGACCGCGUAACGCUGCACGAGAUCAAGGGCGACAUCGAAGACAUCGAGCGAUCCAAUGGUCGAACCUGCGUGAUCGUGGAUGAGGGCGUUAACAUGGUGGAGUACGAGCUGGACGAGGGCUUGAUCUCCUUCGGCUCCUGUUUGGAAAGGGGUCAAUACGCUAAGGCAGUGGACCUCUUGGAGGAGCUCCCGUUGACACCAGAGACCGAAGCCAUGUGGCGCUCACUGGCUGAUGCCUCUAUGGAGCACUUCAACCUGCCGGUAGCCGAACGCUGCUAUGCCGUCUUGGGCGACGUAGCAAAGAGCCGGUACCUGCACAAGGUCAACCGGCUGAUUCAAGAUCAUGCAGCAGAGGUUGGUGGUGAUGGCUCCAACUACUACAUGGCCCAGGCGAAGAUGGCCAUGCUUGCGAAGCAGUUCCAACGCGCUGAAGCUAUUUUGUUGGAUCACAACGAGCUCGAUGAAGCACUGGCCAUGUACCAGGAGCUGCACAAGUACAACGAGUCCAUACAGCUUGCAGAGCGCAAGAACCAUCCCAAGCUCAUGCACCUGAAGAACUACUACCUGCAAUGGUUGCUUUCCACACAGCAAGAGGAGAAGGCAGGCGAGCUUCAGGAGAUUGACGGCGACUACGUCAGGACCUCCGCAGCCUGCACUUUGGCUGGAAGCAUGGCUUUGUAUUCUCAGCCGCCAGCCAUCCUGUGGCCACUGCCGACUGCAUCGCAGCAUGGCGUGGCACUUCCGAUGGUGCGGAGCCUGUCGGAACUGUUCCGCUUCAGUGGAGAGCAGAGCACGUCUCAAGGCGGGCCCUUGCCUCGCCGCGGAGAGGGUUUUGCCGGGUGGCCUGCCGAGCAGAGGCCGAGGACGAGGACCGGCCUCCCGAACCAGGCUCCGGCCUUAGACCUUUCGGAGAUUCGUUUCCUUCGUGACGACUUCGCCAGGCUAGACACGCUGGCACCUGGAUCCAACGAACUGGUCAACGUGGAUGUCCCCAACCACUGGCUAAGCAUCAGCAGGACAAGGCCCACGAAAAGUCCGGGCCACGCCUGGGGCCGCUCCAAGCGCUCCAAGCAGAAGGUGGAGUGGCGCUUGAAGCAGGGCCCUCCGCUGGCGCACAAGAACUGGGCCUUUCCUUCCCGGCUGCGUGUCAGCACCGGGACGGCGAAGCGCCGGCGGCUGGAGCAGCCAGCUGGUGUCAUUGUGAGACCGACGAUGGAGCGAGUGCGUGAGGCUCUCUUCAACCAGGUCACCGCCAUGCAUCUCUUUGAAGAUCGUUCUGUGCGCCACCUCGACCUCUUCACAGGCACGGGCUCAGUGGGGAUCGAGGCACUAAGUCGAGGAGCAGCCGAGUGCGUUUUUGUCGACUCGUCGAAAGACUGCGUGGACUGCGCCAUUGCCAAUGCGUGGCUCUGUGGUUACAUGGAGCACGAGGAAGCUUCCAAGGGGCCGAUGAACGAGCGUGUCGAGGCUGAGAUUGGCCCGCUCAGCAUGGUUGGAGGUCCGCGGGCCCAGGUCCAAAUCGAGCUCCACCGUGCUCAGGUGGCACGACAGCCGGUAGGCGCCAUCCAGGCAGAAGUCCUGGACUUUCUGGAGGAUCCCGAGAAGUAUGGCCUGGUAAACCGCAGCUUCAAUCUGGUCACGGUGUCGCCCAACCCCGACGAGAUCUCCUUCCGCCAGCUCUGCACUGCCCUAGCAAAAUCGGAGCUCAUCGAGCGAGACGGGCUUGUUUGCAUCGAGUACCCUCGAGAGCUAGGUGCCCUGCCUCCGGUGCUUUGUGCGCCCUUCGACGACGAAGAUGACUUCGACGACGUGGCCGCGGGGGUGCCUGUCCUGCACGGACUCAGGAAUCGGGAGUAUGGUAACACUAUGUUGGCAAUCUACACCAAGUUGCCUACUGGAGUGCGAGGGCGGACGGGAGAACCCCGUCCAUGGGAAUUCACAGAGACCCUCAUGCAGCCGAAGCUACGGCAGAGGAGCCGAGACCUGUGGCGCACGCCGAGCAUCUUUGCCAACCACGGCGAGCGCGGCUUUGCCGUGCCGAAGAAGGAGCUCUUGCAGAAGAUCGUUGCCGGGCUUCAGGCAAGCGGAAUGCAUGACCGUGCCGGUGGCCUCUACGAACGAAUGGGUCUGAUUCAGCCGGCCAUGGACGCGUACCGUCGGGGACACGCCUACCGACAGGCCAUCGAGCUGGCGAAGCACUCCCAGCCUGGCCUGGUGGUGGCCCUGGAGGAGGAGUGGGGCGACUGGUUGGUCUCGCAGCGGCAGGUAGAUGCAGCAAUCAAUCACUACAUCGAGGCCGGCUCAGCUCAGAAGGCAAUCGAUGCCGCCAUGACCGCGCGGCAGUGGCACAAAGCGGAGACAUUGCUGGAUCAGGCAUCAAUGGGCGCAGAUCAAAGCUUUGCGCUGCCCUUCUACGAAAAGCUGGCCAUGCACUAUGCGCACUCUCGCCAGUUCGACCAAGCAGAACGAGCUUUCAUCAAGUCUGGCCGACCACAGCGGGCUGUGCAGAUGUAUGUGGAGCACGCGCAGUACGAGAAAGCUCACCGUGUUGCAAAAGCACACCUCUCCCCUGCAGAGAGGACAGAGCUCUACAUUGCCCUGGCGCAGGGCCUGGAGCAGUCGGUGAAACUGCAAGAGGCUGAACAGAUGUACUUGGCCGUCAACGAGUUUGAUCUGGCCAUCAACAUGUACAAGAAGCGUGAGGAGUACGAGCAAAUGUUGCGCUUGGUAUCCAAGUACCGUAAGGAGCUCCUGAAUGAUACCUACAAGCACAUUGCAGAGCAAUACGAGAUGAAGGGCAACCUCAAGAAAGCCGAACAUUACUAUGUUGAGGCGAAGAUGUGGACCAGCGCCAUGUCCAUGUACCGCCAGCUCGAGAAGUGGGAAGAUGCGAAGCGGGUGGCAAAGGCUAACGGCGGCAAGCAGUCUUUCGAAAAGGUGGUCCUGGCUCAAGCUCACGCGACCUUCAAGGAACACGGAGCCGAGGCUGGAAAAAAGCUGCUUGCCAAGCACGGCCUCAUCGAGAUCGUGGACCCCUCGGCUUGCACACACUGGCACGGAUCUUUGAGCAAUGGCAAAGAUGGAUCAGAGGCCAUCGACUAUGCAGUGGAGCAUAGCAACUUCCAGCAUGCUUUCGAGCUGGCGAACCACUCUGCGAAGCACAAGCUUCCGGACAUUCACCUCAAGAAGGCAUUGGCUUUAGAGGAUGAUGAGCAGUUUAAGCUGGCAGAGGAGGAGUUCAUCAAGGCGAACAAGCCCAAGGAGGCCAUCGACAUGUACGUGCAUGGCCGCGACUGGGUGUCAGCCAUGCGUGUAGCAGAGGCAUACGAACGCGAGAGCGUGAAGGAUGUGAUGGUCCACCACGCCAAGGAUCUCGUCGAUCAGAACAACAUGCAGGCCGCCGAGAACCUCUUCGUGCAGGCCGGCAAGCCCGAGUUGGCAGUGAAGGCAUAUUCCUCCAAGCGCAUGGUGAACGAAGCCGUGAGGGUCUGCAAGAAGCACUGCCCGCAGAUGUUGGGUGACGUGGUCGACUCCUACGGUGAUGGGGCCGCUGCUCCAGGCGCAGCACAGAGCCUGGACGAGAUCCUGGAUGCUGCCAAAAUCUAUGAGGAGACGGGCAACUAUUUGCGCGCCAUCGACGCGUACCUGUCAGUGAGCGAAACGGCUUCUUCUGAGCCGGACCGCUUGGAGGAGGCUCACGGAAGCUAA